AUGGCGCUCGACAGUAUCAGCAUUGCAGAUAACACUACGGUCGUUGGCGGCCCUUCCUCUGCUGUAAAUCGCAAGGACCUGCUACACGACCGUAUCGACAAAAGUAAUGAUAGUUCUUUCGCGUAUCCCAAAAAAGGGGUGUCUUUGCACGAUUUCUCCAAAACUGCAGACUAUGCCCUAGAAGAACGUCCCUUCUUCGUACCCAUUACUAAGGACGGCGUCAUCACCGCACUAGAGAAAAUCGACAGGCAACUUCGGAGCACUCCGGUGUCCUGGAUUGGCAGGGAAGUUGCUCCAGGUUCCCUCGGUUUGAUCAAACACGGUGGUCUUCCCAAGAUAUUGACAAAACCUGGUCGAUACCCUGGAUUUCCCCUCCGUAAUUGGUGGUCGCGCAAGUGGUGCGGUACCCAAGGACUCUCCGACACCGCGGUCGAAUUUCAGGGUUUAACAGUCGUUCAGGUCUCGCAAAAUCAAGCCGCCGUUGUCUCCGAUCCUCAAAAUCGCAUAUUCGUGGUUAAAAAUUCAGGAUUUGUUGCGUAUGCAAUUGAUGGAACAUAUGACGUUCUGGCCAUCGUCGACCAGACACAUUUGUCUACCGCGAUCAAGGACACAGUAACAGGCGCUACCCUUGGCUCCAUGGCCGAGAUCAAGAUGCGGAGUCGCGUCAACGCAGGCCAAGCACAGGAAUAUGUUGUGGCAUUAUUCUUGAACAUUCCGGCAAACAACUGCGCCAUUCUUCAGCGGGGAGACGACCUUGAGUUGCUCCCUGCUGGGCAACACUAUAUAACAAAUCCCAACGUCACACUGCGUGGUCUGUAUACACUCGGCGAGAACCAGCUCGAGAUGCCUACGAAGGAUAUUUUCACGAGAGACCAAGUUCCUGUCGGCUUGAAUAUCUAUUUGAAAUGGCAAUUAAUUGAACCUCUGAAGCUCACCACACAUGGCUAUCAUACACCUUAUGAUGCGCUCCGUGACAAAACUCAAUCUAUUCUCACGCAGAUUGUCGCUCAUCUUGACUACAGCUCCAUGGUGAAGCAGCGCUCUCUUGGACCUGACAACCUUGAUGACGGCACGGACCCUUCGUCGGCAUUCCUUGAUGCCCUUCGCACUCGUGCCAUGGACGAGAUGCACGAGGCCGCACUUGAGUAUGGUAUCAUUUUGAAAGAUCUUGCCGUGAUAGACCGACAAUUCAAGGGAGAAAUUGCGUCGACCAUGGACAAGCUUACAACAAGGGCCUUACAGGCGCAGGUCGAAGCAGCCAAUGUCGACCGAGAAAACUCGAAUAAAGUUAAACAGGAAGAAGGUGCUCUGGCUGUCGCUCGCAUCAAGGCACAAACUCGUAAUACGCAAGCCGAUUCUGAAGCAUAUAGUGUCAUUGCGGCCGCCAAAGCACAAGCUGAGCGCACGAAGAUUGACGCUCUUGCCCAGGCGCAAGCUAUCCGUCACACAGCUGAGGCCGAUGCAGAAGCGAUCCGCAUCAGGGCGUCUGCUGAUGCUCAGGUCACGGACCAGUUCGCACGCGGGAUGGAGAUGCGCAGAGUGGAAGUCACGCGCGUCCGAGCGUUUGGCGACAGGACUGUCUUCGUACCCACAGACGGGACUGGGGUGCAAAUGGGCAAUGCGAUGGCAGUGGGCAUGGCCGCCGGAAUGGGCAAUGGCUCAGGACCUCAGUCUAAAUUCAAGGAUGAGCAUCCGUUUGAGAAGCGCAAGCAGGAGGCUGAACGCAUCAGGCAGAAGUAUCCUGACCGUAUUCCUGUAAUUUGCGAGAAGGCCGACCGGACAGAUAUUCCUACCAUCGACAAGAAGAAGUAUUUGGUACCUUCAGAUUUGACAGUCGGGCAAUUCGUCUACGUCAUCCGAAAGCGUAUCAAGCUUGCGCCAGAGAAGGCCAUCUUCAUCUUCGUCGACGAGGUUCUUCCACCAACAGCAGCUCUGAUGAGUGCUAUUUAUGAGGAGCAUAAGGACGAGGACAAUUUCCUUUAUGUCAGUUAUUCGGGCGAGAACACCUUUGGAGAGGAGGGUUGGAUUGAACUAUAA